GCACGCUUACGGCGGAACAGCGCAGCACGCCGCGCACGCGACAAGCUAGCAAUGUGGGUGCAGCCUCCCAUCUCGCUUCGUCUCAGCACGCUGCGCAGGCGGACAGCAGAUCGAGGUGUCCAUGUUUGCCAGGCUGUCGGGAGUCCCGGUCAUCUCUCUCUCUCUCUCUUCUCUCACACUCUCUCGCUCUCCCCUUGAGAGGCGUGUCUUUCGUCUGUUGAUUGAAAGCGGCUCCUUUCCUGUGCCAGCCAGCGCUGCGAUUAUUCAAAAGAAGCCGAUACGUUAGAUACUGAAGAGUUUAUCUGGAAAGCGCAGUGGCGGCUCUGUGGGGCGCAGAUACUGCGCUGGGCGCCAUGGCGCUUUGAGGCCAUACCGGAGGUAGUGCGCGCGGCUGCGGAAGACGUUGUCGCCGUAUCGCUAGAAGUGUCUGGCGCCUUAGCUGGGUCGCUGCGCGCCAUUCAACAGCCAGGUAGUAGCCAGACAAUGAGAAAGCCUCGAAAGAAGGGGAGGCAAGGUGUAGAGGGUCGCUCCCCAUCGCCCUACAGCCUGAAGUGUUCUCCAACACGUGAGACCCUGACUUAUGCACAGGCUCAAAAGAUGGUGGAGGUGGAUAUUGAUGGACGGCUGCACCGAAUCAGCAUCUUUGACCCACUGAAGGUAAUUACUGAGGAUGAGAUGAUGGCACAAGACAUCAGUGAGUGCAACAGUAACAAAGAGAACAGUGAGCAGCCUUUGUUUGCCAGCAAGAUGAGUAAAAAAACAACGGCCAGCAAAGGCAAGAAGAAGGAGACUGGCAAGAAUUCGUCCGCUACAACUGCAGGAGUUGCACACCAUAAUCAUCCACUGCCGAAGCCCAAUUUCAGAGUUGUUGAAGCUUAUACACCUACUGAUGCCCCUCCGAUGCCUGCUGCUUAUUAUCGCUACAUGGAGAAGACUGUGGAUGAACUAGAUGCAGAGGCUGAAUAUGACAUGGAUGAGGAGGAUUUUGCAUGGCUAGAUAUGGUAAAUGAAAAGAGGAUAUCAGAUGGUCAAAACUCUGUAUCUCUGGAUACAUUUGAAUUACUCAUGGAUCGAUUAGAGAAAGAGUCCUUCCUUGAAAUCAGAAGUCAGGGUCCUUCUCAGUCUGUCAUCGAUGAGGAUGCAUUCUGCUGUGUCUGCUUAGAUGAUGAGUGCCACAACAGCAAUGUAAUCCUCUUCUGUGACAUUUGCAACUUGGCCGUCCACCAAGAAUGCUAUGGGGUUCCCUACAUCCCAGAAGGACAAUGGCUGUGCCGCUGCUGCUUGCAGUCUCCUGCGCGGCCCGUGGACUGUGUUCUCUGCCCAAAUAAAGGUGGGGCCUUCAAGCAAACAAGUGAUGGGCGCUGGGCACAUGUUGUGUGUGCCAUUUGGAUCCCUGAGGUUUGCUUUGCCAACACAGUGUUCCUUGAGCCAGUUGAAGGAGUAGAAAAUAUUCCACCUGCACGUUGGAAGCUUACUUGUUACAUUUGUAAGCAAAAAGGAGUAGGUGCAUCUAUCCAGUGUCACAAGGCAAAUUGUUACACGGCCUUCCAUGUAACAUGUGCUCAGAGAGCUGGCCUGUUUAUGAAGAUUGAUCCUGUACGGGAGACCAACCUUAAUGGCACUACUUUUUCCGUCAAGAAAACUGCCUUCUGUGAGGCCCACUCCCCACCUGGGACAGUAAAGAAGCAGAGUUCCCCUUCCAAUAGUGAGGGGGAAGAGGAGGAGCAGACAGUGAAUAAGGAGGAGGAGGGAGUAACUUUUAAUAACAGCAAACAGCCUGAGAAAAAGGCCUCAAAAUUAAAGCAAAAAAUCAAGAAAUCUUUGGACGUGGCUUCACGUAGGUCAGCUGUGCCCAUGGUGACUGUGCCACAGAUACCUUCCUUCAGGCUAAAUAAAAUCUGCACUGGUGUGAAUGUUCAGCGAAAGAACCAGUUCAUGCAGAGACUACAUAAUUAUUGGCUGUUGAAGAGACAGUCAAGAAACGGGGUGCCGCUAAUUCGGAGGUUGCAUUCUCACCUUCAGUCACAGCGGAACGCAGAUCAGGCUGAGCCUGAUGAGAAGACCAGUGCAGUCAAGGAGGAGCUGAAGUACUGGCAGAAGCUCCGGCAUGACUUGGAGAGGGCUCGACUUCUUAUUGAACUCAUCCGAAAGAGAGAGAAGCUAAAGAGAGAGCAGGUCAAAGUCCAUCAGGCAGCAAUGGAGUUGCAGCUUACUCCCUUCAUUGUCCUUCUUCGCAACACUUUAGACCAGCUGCAGGAAAAGGAUCCUGCACAGAUAUUUGCCAAGCCAGUUGACCUCAAGGAGGUCCCAGAUUAUCUAGAUUUUAUCAGCCAGCCCAUGGAUUUUGCAACCAUGCGAACAAAGCUGGAGGCUCACAGGUAUAAGGCCUUAGAAGAAUUUGAAGCUGAUUUUAACCUCAUUGUUAACAACUGCAUGAAGUACAAUUCCAAAGACACUGUGUUCCAUCGGGCUGCAGUCCGGUUACGAGACCUGGGCGGGGCUAUUCUACGGCAAACUCAACGUCAGAUGGACAGCAUUGGUUUUGAUCUGGACACUGGCACACACCUUCCAGAAUCCCCUAAAACAGUGGACUUUUACCGUUUCUCCUGGGAAGAUGUGGACAACAUCCUUAUCCCAGAGAAUCGUGUUCACCUUUCGCUAGAGGCCCAGCUGAAGGAGUUGCUGGACAAACUGGACAUGGUGAGCGCUAUGAGGUCAAGUGGUGCUCGCACACGUCGUGUACGACUGCUUCGCAGGGAGAUCAACAGCAUUCGAUAUAAACUGGGGCAGCAUCAGCAGAAGGUUCUGUACAAUGGAGGCCAUUCUAAGGUUGUAUAUGGAGAAGAAGCUGAUGGUGAGAAAACUCCAGUGGAGGAGUCUUCUGAUAGCCCAGACCGACCAGCUGAAGAUGUCAAGUCCACUCCACCACCAACCCUAGAACCUACCGGACCUCCUCCCUCAUUAACAGACUGUGAUGCAAAUGAGGAACCACCCACCCUCAAACCGAUGGGUGGUGGAGGGGAAAUCAAAGUCCAGAGUCGUUUGCACAAACGGCUUAAGUCUGACAGUGAAGUUAUUUCCAGCAGGCGGCUUCAGGGGGAUGGCCAGGGACGUGGCGGAGCAAUCAUUCAGAGGCUUUUAAGUGAUAAUGGCCUUAAUGGUUUGACCUUGGGUACACCAGAUCCCUCCAUCUCUCCCAUCUCAGGUGUGGGCAGGCGUACUUCUGUUUUGUUCAAGAAAGCUAAAAAUGGAGCAAAGAUGCCAAAGGGUUCAGAGAGUCCCCUCCAGAAUGGGGAUGCACAGAGCCCACUGUCUCCAACGCAGUUGUCCCCAGCAAAGGACUGUUGUGAAAGGCAGUCCCGGAAAAGGCCACAGAGCCUAAGCUGCAGUUCAGAGAGUGAAGGUGAAAAAUCUCCAGGACGGAAUACCGAGCCAGGAAUGACUAAUGGCUAUGGGAAGCACACAGAGAGUGGUUCAGACUCUGAAUGCAGUUCUUCAGCAGCUUGCCACACUUUGUUUGAGAAAGAAAGUGAUGCCUCAGUGCCCAAGCGCAGUCGUGGUAAACCAGCACUUUCACGGGUUCCUUUCUUAGAUGGUGUCAAUGGAGACUCGGAAUUUACCCCAUCAGGCAGAAAUAUUCUGAUGCCUUUUGAGAACAGUGCAGAACUGGAGCCUUUAGACUUGGUUUGGGCAAAGUGCCGUGGUUACCCAUCCUACCCUGCACUGAUCAUUGAUCCAGAGAUGCCAAGGGAGGGGCUGCUUCACAAUGGGGUUCCCAUUCCUGUCCCACCACUGGAUGUAUUGAAACUGGGCGAUCAGAUGCAGGUUGAAGCUGGAGAAAAGCUCUACCUCGUGCUCUUUUUUGAUAAUAAACGGACAUGGCAGUGGCUUCCUCGUGACAAGGUCCUACCGCUGGGUGUUGAUGACACAGUGGACAAACUGCGAAUGAUGGAGGGCCGCAAGACCAGCAUACGUAAAUCUGUUCAAGUUGCGUAUGACCGGGCCAUGAUGCACCUGAGCCGUGUGCGAGGGGACCAUGCAUUUGUCACCUCAAACUACCUGUAGACUUUGUUAAAAGGAGGGUGCUGUUGGCUUUUUUUUCUUAAUGGACAAAAAGAAAAAAAAUCAGCAAGAUGUCACGAAUUUAAUUUUUUUAAUGCUUUUUUUGUGUUCCAAAUUCAUUUUUAAAUACUUUUUUUCAUAUAUUUCUAAAGGAAAGAAUCCUCACUGCCAUUUGUAAUAAUAGCUUUUUACUUUUACAAAUUGACAAACCACUUGUACAUGAAGCAUAUACAUCAUGACUCCUGUGUUUGUAAAUGGGGCAAGGAUGGGAGGGAUAAGGGAAUACAUCACUGUGGGGAAAAAGACCUGUACAUAGGUGUAAAAUACCACGAUAAAUUAUUGCUGGCUGCAGCACUCAUUUAAAUCUCUGUGGUGGUAAAUGUUUUUUAAUUUUUUAAUUAAAUACUCAUAGUAAUUUAUUUAAGAGAAAUGUAUGGAAGAAACCCUGCGGUUUGACAAUUGUAAGAAUUAGAUGAGCUAUUUAAAAGAAAAGAGUAAGAAAUCAAGCAGUGGGCUUUGUGACUUGUGUAUAAUGUUGUAAUAUUAAGGUUUUAAAAUACACUUUAUUACAUUUUAUUUCAUUUUUAAUGUUAUUGAGCUAUUAUUGCUAUGGGACCUAAAUGUUGCUGUUAGUCCACUGUAAAGCACAGAAUGUUGUAUUUAUUGUAGAAAGUGUUCAUUUGCUUUCUAGAUCUGUUUAUAAGAUGGCUAUGAGAGACUAUACGCUUGUACAAAGUGCAGAUUUUACCUACUAUAACCUUACUGUCUGAAAUUAUAUUUUCUCUCUUGAGAAAUAAAUGUUCUAAUGUA